AAACAAAGUCUCCCCUUGAGGCAUAUAACAAGUCUGGGCUGCACUCGCAGAGGUUAAUCCCAAUAUACGGAGCUGCCUAGAGCAGCGUGAAUAGAAGCAGCAGCCCUGAUUCAGAAAUGAGCCGAGAGUUAUUAUCGCGAUAGCGACUCUUGGCCAAGAUCAAAAUUGCACGGAGGAAGCUGCAGAAACUGACGGGGGGGAAGACGCACAAGUUUUUUUUUUUGUCUUUUUUUGCCAGGUUCCCCAUAAGACAAACGCAGAGAAGAGAGAAAUCCGGUGGAGUAUGAGAGGAGAAGCGCAGAGGAAGGCACAUAAUUGGAUGCGGCUCUGCGGCUUGUGAGAACUCUGGGUGCCAAACGGCAUUUCUGCUGUGUCCCUCUGUGCUGUCCGGGCGUGAAGAUGAGGAGCUGGCUGGUCCUGUUGGCCGCAUUGUCGUCGUUCCUUCCCCAGGCUUCUGCUCAAGGGCGCUGUAAGAACGUCCUCGCGGCUGACAUCGUGUUCCUGGUGGAUGGGUCUUCCAGCAUCGGUCGGUCCAACUUUGCGCAGAUCAGGAGUUUCAUGGCGGGCAUCGUGAGGGCCUUCGCCGACGCCGUGGGGCCCAGUGCCGUCCGAUUCGGCACCGUGCAGUACAGUGACACGUCUAGAGUGGAGUUCACCUUUGACACCUACACUAACGGCUCCGAGCUGAUCAACGCCGUGGAGAGCCUCAACUACAAGGGUGGCAAUACCCGCACUGGUUCCGGCCUCAAGUUCGUUGCUGACAACUUCUUCAGUCCUCCCACCAUGCGCAACAUCCCUAAGAUCACCAUCUUGAUCACUGAUGGUAAGUCCCAGGACAACGUGAGGGAGCCAGCGCAGAAGCUUCGUACCCUGGGGGUCAAGAUGUUCGCCGUGGGUAUAAAACACGCAGACCAGGCCGAGCUGAACGUGGUGGCCUCCAAGCCCGAGAGUAACUUCUCCUUCUUCGUGGGGGAUUUCAGGAUUCUGGGCACGUUGCUGCCCCUGGUGACUCCUCGCGUCUGUGAAAGCUCGGGAGGAGUCUACACCAGCGAUGUGUUCUCCGGUCCCUCUAACCUGCGUUUCUCAGAUGAGACCUCUGAUUCGCUGAGAGUCCGCUGGACUCCAGCAGGGGGCCCUGUGAGUGGUUACAUUGUGCAGUACACGCCCCUCUCUGGAUUAGGGAACCCAAUCACUGCUGAGCGGCAGCAGGAAACGGUGGGGGCGGAGCAUAGGAGUUACAUCGCACGCAACCUGAAGUCAGGCAGCGACUACCUGGUGAUGGUGAUUGCCCAGUACCCCAACAAUAUUGGAGAGUCAGUCUCUGCCAAGGCUACAACCAAGCCUCUUCCCAGUGUGUCGAACCUGCGUGAGGUCCAGGCAGGAUUCUUCUCCCUGUCUGUCGCCUGGGAUGCCCCCUCCUCCCGCGUCCAGGGCUACAGAAUCACCUACGGGCCCAUAGGGCUGCAGGCGUCCCGCUUGGUGGAGCAGUCCCUGUCCGCAGACUCCACCUCGGUGACCCUGGAGGGCCUGCAGCCUGACACGGAGUACGUCCUCAACUUGUACCCGCUCUUCCCCCGCAAUUCUGGUGCCCCUGCCACCCUCACCUCUCGGACCCUGCGCCUGGAAGCUGUGCAACACCUCACAGUGAAGACCGUGUCGGAACAGAGCGUCCAGGUCGAAUGGAGAGGAGUGGGCGGAGCCAGGGCCUACCGCCUGGUCUGGGGGCCGUUCACGGGUCACAAAGUGGAGAGCCUGGAGGUGCCGGGGGACAGUGAGUCCCACACCCUGUCUGGCCUGCAGCCCGACACCGAGUACAUCGUCACCAUCCUCCCUCUGUACGAGGGCACCGAGGGUCCGGCAGCCACAACCCGCUUCAAGAUAGAGACACCAGAACAGCAGGUUCUGAGAGCCACCGCCACUGGGCCAAGUUCUAUCCUCCUGACCUGGAAACUUAUUCGCUCUGCCCAAGGAUACCGCCUGGAAUGGAGAGAAACGGAUGGGGGCAGAGUACAGAGCCGGUCUUUCCCCAGGGGCACCACCAGCCAUGACCUGACGGGACUGCAGCCGCGUACUGAGUACCUGAUCACUCUCUACACGCUGUACGAGGGUCGUGAGGAAGCUACACCUGUGUCCACUUUCCCUAAAGGUGAUCCAUCUGUGGGCCGCGUGUCCAACCUGCGUGUGAUUGAGACUCGGGGCAGCACCGUCCGACUGGGCUGGACAGGAGUCACUGGGGCCACCCAGUAUCGUAUUGUGAUUCAUAACACUAAAACUGGAACUGAGGAAUCCCGAGACGUACCUGGCAACCAGACCACCCUUGAUCUGCACAAUGUGCUUGAUGGCGUGUCUUACGACGUCCAGGUGACAGCGGUGGUUGGUGACACUGAGGGGGAGCCAGUGUCCUUCACCAUAAAAGCAGAGCAAGUCUUGGGACAAGUGACCAACCUGCGGGUGACUAACGUCAAUAGCCGAAGAAUCAGGAUUGCCUGGACGGGGGUUGCUGGAGCAACAGGAUACAGGGUAACAUGGAAACCAGGCAAUGCGCUAGAGCAGUCAAGGGUGUUGGGACCCGACUCCAGCACCUUCACUGUGGAGGGGCUGCAGCCGGAUGAGGAGUUGGCUGUGAGCGUCGUCCCCAUCUCCGGGCAGCGGACAGGGGUAGCUGCUUCAGUCUCAACCAAGACCAACCCUGUCUCCGGCACCAUCACAGGGCUACGAGAGCUGGCCAGCUAUGCUAACAGGAUCCUUCUGGCCUGGAACCCGGUGUCCAGGGCCACUGGUUACAAGAUCACUUGGUUCCGUGAUGAUGGCACGGAGUCCUCACACGUGGUGGGAAAUGAUGUCACUUCCUUCACGAUUGAAGGGCUCCAAGAAAACACUGCUUACCGAGUGUCUGUGUCUGCCCUGGUUGGCUCCAGGGAGUUGGCCAGCUCAACUUUGAAUGUGAAAACCGACUCGGCCAAGGUUUUAGUGGGAACAGUGACUAAUUUACGGGUGCAGGAGCCCCAUGGGGAGGUUGUGAGAGUGUCAUGGGUUGGCGUCCAAGGUGCGACUGCAUACAGGGUGAUUUGGAGACGCACUGACGGAGGUGCAGUGCAGAGUCAUAUGGUGGGGGGUCAUGUCACAGAGGUGGAUCUGGAUAAACUGGACCGAGGAGCACAGUACGAAGUGCAGGUGGUGGCACUGGUCCAGAAUCGAGAGGGCUCACCGGUCAGCAUCCGGGUGACCACCCCGGCAGAGCCUGAUUACAGGGUCACAGGGUUCCAGGUGCUGCCGUCCAGCCCAGGGACGCUACGAUUGUCUUGGAGAUCGCUGGCUGCUGCCUCGGGGUAUCGCAUCUACUGGAGGUCCUCACAAGACGAGGAGGAGUCCAGCCUCCUGGUUGGGGGGGAGACGACGUCAUACAUCCUACAGCUGCAGGCGGGAAGGCAGUACAACGUGCGGCUGGCUGCCAUCGUCCAGGGCCGGGAGGGUCGGCCUUCCGUGGUGACGGCCCACACAGCCGCCACGGAAACCGUCACCCCCCAGCGCCCCCAGACGCUGCUGCGAGUGACCGACGUCACCCAGGACUCUGUCCGGCUGAACUGGGUACUGGUGGCUGGUGCCACGGAGUAUAUCCUGCACUGGACAGAGGAUCGAGAUCUAGGGGACCGGCAGUCAGUCCGACUCCCGGGCUCAUCCACAUCGUACCGGGUCACCGGGCUACGUCUGGGCCACCAGUACCGCUUCGCCAUCCAGCCCGUGUUUGGGAGCGAUUUAGGUCCUGAGGACUCCGUCGAGGACCACACAUUCUGCGUGGACGGCCACCUGGACAUAGUGUUCCUGGUUCCCGCCUCUCGCACCCGGGCUAGCCUCGCGCCACCAGUGUUGUCCCUGAUGCGCGGAGUGGUGAGAUCGCUGCCCUCCAUCGGGCCUCACGGCUCCCAGGUGGGGCUGGUGAGGUACAGUUCCCGCCCCAAGGUGGGCUUCCUCCUCAGCCACCAUAACAGUAACGAGACCUUGCUGCGGGAGAUCUCAUCCACGCUGUUCAACGAGGAGCCGGGAAACGCCAUCGGUCUGGCAGUGAACUUUGCCAGAGAUUACCUCCUCUCCUCCGCCUCUGGCCGCAGGCCCGACUUUCCUGCCGUUCUGGUUCUCAUCGCGGACGGCAAAUCCUCCGAUGACAUCGUCGGCCCCCUGAAUGCAGCGCGUGCCGCAGGGGUGACAGUGCUGCGGGUGGCCGUGGGUCCCAAUGCCAUGGAGGACUUGAGGCAGGUGGCGACUGACGGCAGUGCCCGGGAUGUCCUGUACGCACAGGACGCCGGUCAGUUGCUCCACCUGCACACGGACCUGGCCGACCUGCUGUGUGGGUUUACCCAGGACCAAGGGGGCAGGCAGGUUCCGGACCGCUGCACCCUGCAGUGUCCUCGGGGCGAGAAAGGCGAGCGGGGGGAGAAGGGGGAGAGAGGCAGGGAUGGUGGCGAUGGCCGCAAGGGGGAGCCGGGUCGUGAUGGACUCCCGGGGAGGAAUGGGUCCCCCGGGCCUGAGGGCCGCCCUGGAUUGCCAGGUCGCAGCGAGGCGAUUCCUGGAGAGAAGGGCGAGAGGGGGUUUCCGGGGUUGGAUGGCAGCCCCGGUCUGCCCGGCCGGCCUGGGAGUCUGGGUCCCCCCGGUGUUCAAGGAGUGCCGGGUGUGCCUGGUAUCCGGGGCGAUCCCGGCGAGCCGGGCUCGGCAGGGAUACUCGGCCCGAAGGGGGAGAAAGGCGAGCGGGGUGACCCCGGAGGUGCCGUCGGAGGUGGCCUACCGGGCCGGAAAGGAGAACCAGGCCUUCCUGGGAUACAGGGGCUGUCCGGACGUCCAGGAAUCGAUGGGAGCAAAGGCAGUACAGGGUCCCCGGGGCUUCCAGGACAGGAUGGUCUUCCAGGGAGGCCCGGUUCCCCUGGGCUCUCCAUCAAGGGAGAGAAGGGCAGCGCAGGCGAGAAGGGCAGCGCAGGCGAGAAGGGAUCCCCGGGGCUGGGCAGCGGUGUGGCAGAGAAAGGAGAGAAAGGGUCGCACGGUCCUCCAGGAGCACAGGGGCCCCAGGGAUCUCGGGGUUUACAAGGAUCCUCGGGACCUAAAGGAGAUCGGGGGGAGGUUGGUGAGAGCCUUCCGGGACCUCCAGGGAAGGCUGGAGAGCCAGGAGACCGGGGGCCCCGGGGGCCACCAGGGGAGAUAGGGAGCAAGGGUGACAGGGGACAGGCAGGUGAGCCUGGGCCACAGGGCACCAGGGGUGAAAGAGGACCGUCUGGCCCCGUAGGGGAGAAGGGGGAGACAGGCAAACCAGGUGCAGCCGGAGCUCCAGGUCUCAGGGGCUUGCCGGGAACCAACGGGUUACCGGGGGAGAAGGGAAGUGAGGGCGCACAGGGGGAGCCCGGAAAAGGCCUUCCAGGAUCUCCAGGCAGCAAAGGUGAUCGGGGUGACCGGGGGUUACCAGGCCCAGAGGGACCCAAAGCGUCAAAGGGUGACAGCGGGGACAAAGGGGAAAAAGGGCAGCCUGGAUUUGGGGCCCCGGGUCCUCCAGCACAGAAAGGGGAACAAGGAGAGAGAGGGAAUGCUGGUUUACCUGGAAAGACAGGUAGCAAGGGUGACCGGGGCGACCAAGGGGAGAGCGGAGAGCCAGGGAGGCCAGGAUCUGCCGGACCGGUUGGACCGAAGGGAAAGGAGGGAGAAAGAGGAGAGAAGGGUGAUGAAGGCUCGCCGGGAGAACCUGGGCUACAUGGAAAACAAGGCGAGAGAGGACUAAGGGGUCUGGCAGGCCAGCCAGGACGUGCGGGUGAAAAGGGCGACCUAGGAGACCCCGGGGAACAUGGCCGUAAUGGCAGCCCCGGACCUGCAGGCCCAAAGGGAGACAGGGGCAGUCAGGGACCUCCAGGUGCCCCUGGACCCCCAGGGAAAGUGGUAGAGGAUUUGGUGCCUUCAAAAACGCAAGAGGGUGCAAGCAAAGGCCAGAGGGGGGAGACGGGACCUCCGGGGCCCAGUGGGCUGCCGGGUGCUGAGGGACCGAGGGGCCCCCCAGGACCCAGAGGCGAUUCGGGAGAAAGAGGAUCCCCAGGGGAGAAGGGUGAGCGAGGUGCCUCCGGGCUGGAUGGACGCAAUGGACUGGACGGAAAGCCGGGCCCAUCUGGGCCUCCAGGCCAACGGGGGGAUCCAGGAAAGCAAGGGGAUCCAGGGAGAGAUGGACUGCCAGGCUUGAGAGGAGAGCAAGGCCCCCCAGGACCAGCUGGCCCCUCGGGGACCCCCGGCACCUCCGGAAAACCCGGAGACGAUGGAAAGCCGGGCACGCCAGGGAGGAUGGGUGAGGACGGCACACCAGGGGAGGACGGCAAGAAGGGAGAAAGGGGAGAUGGUGGUCCGCCGGGGAGAGAUGGGCGGGAUGGACAGAAGGGAGAUCGUGGGGAAGGUGGGGCAGUGGGUUCUCCUGGUGUUCCUGGAGUUCUAGGGCCCCCCGGAAAUCCUGGCCCUCCGGGUCAGGUGGUGUAUGUGAAAGGGACAGAGGUGCCUAUUCCCGGACCCCAAGGCCCACCGGGGACCCCAGGAGUGCCUGGAAUCCCAGGAGCGGUAGGAUCCAGAGGAGAUAACGGGCCAAUAGGACCAAAGGGCGAUCAUGGAGACCCGGGCGAGGACGGAAUGCCAGGCAAACCUGGAAUGCCAGCGGAUGUCAGAGAAGCUCUCCUGCAAUAUAAAAUCAGGAUUGAGGACCUGAAGUCUAUAACGGAUAAACAAACUGCCAUAACGUUUAGUUCCCCAGAGAGAGGAGAGAAGGGAGCAAAGGGUGAUCCUGGCCAGAGUGGUUCUCCUGGGAUGGACGGGCUCCGUGGCGUGCCCGGUGAGCGAGGCAUGAAGGGAGAGCAGGGUGAACGGGGGCUAGAGGGACCCCCAGGAUCCCCAGGCCGGGCUAUCGGAGAGCGUGGCCCCCAGGGGCCCCCUGGACAAGCAGGGGAGCCAGGGAAGCCCGGUAUUCCUGGAGUUCCAGGACGGGCGGGCGAGUUGGGCGAGUCUGGGAGGCCGGGGGAAAAGGGAGAGUCCGGAGAAAGGGGGACCAAGGGCGAUGUUGGCAAGCCAGGGGUGCCGGGGAUGACUGGUCCUCAGGGACCCAAGGGUGAACCGGUGGAUGUAUCACAAUUCCUGAAGGAGCACAUGAACACACUGGCACCCAAAGGGCUGAAAGGUGAACCAGGCGACAGAGGUGUGGCCGGCCCUAAAGGGGACCAGGGUGUCCCAGGGCUUCGUGGGGAAACGGGGGACAGGGGUGACCGAGGCGAAAAGGGACAUGAUGGAUUCUUGGGACCGCCUGGAGAGCCUGGAAAACCAGGAGUGGAUGGAAAACCGGGCUCGCCCGGGUUCCCUGGAGCACUGGGAAGGCCGGGAAAUCCUGGGGAACCUGGAAUCCAAGGACCUCCCGGUCCUUCUGGGAACAUUGGUGUAUCUGGUCAACCAGGAAUUAAGGGUAAUCAGGGAGAGCCUGGAGUCGGGAUCCAGGGGCCUCCUGGUCCUCAGGGCAACAUGGGACUGCCUGGACCUUCUGGGUCCCCGGGGGCCACGGGAUUACAAGGCUCACCAGGACUGCCUGGACAAGUGGGUGAAGCUGGCAAACCGGGCGUCCCGGGAAGAGAUGGAGUACCGGGAAAGGAGGGAACCCCAGGACUGCCUGGAAAACAGGGUAUUGUUGGUCCUGGAGGACCCCCAGGUUUGAAGGGUGAGCAAGGAGACCGUGGCCCCCCAGGACCGGCUGUUGUUGGACCACCUGGUGAGAAAGGAGAGCCGGGAGAUCCUGGUGAAUCGCUACCGGGAAAAUCUGGUGAAAGGGGCUUACCUGGAUUACUGGGUCCUAAAGGAGACAGGGGUUUGCCUGGUGUCAAGGGGGAAAGAGGAGUCCCAGGAGAUCCUGGGGAACCUGGAGAGGAUGGACAAAAAGGUCAGCCUGGGCACAAAGGAGACAAAGGGGAGCACGGAAUCGGGCUUCCGGGCCCCAAAGGUCAGCUAGGGCCCCUGGGACUGAAGGGAGAUCCCGGAUCGCCAGGUCUUCCAGGUCCUCCUGGGCCAAUGGGUCCUUCAGGAAGUCCUGGCCUUGCUGGGCAAAGGGGCGAGAAUGGGCAGCCUGGUCCUCCUGGGCCCCCCGGCGUGAAGGGGCCUCAGGGAUUCCCCGGAAAGGACGGACACCCUGGGGCUCCAGGAGCCUCUGGACCUGCUGGCCCGUCGGGUGUUCCUGGGACUCCGGGGCACAAAGGGGACAAGGGGGAGACGGGAGUGGGUCUGCCUGGGCCAAGGGGAGAGAGGGGAGACCCAGGCCCGAGGGGCGAGGAAGGUCGUGCCGGACUGGAUGGUGAAAGAGGCCCAAUAGGGCCUGCAGGAAGCAGGGGGGAGAGAGGCGACAAGGGAGAAAGUGGUUCACAUGGAGACAAAGGCGAGAAGGGUGAGACUUUAUUGGCCGGCGGCCCGCCAGGAGAGAAAGGAAACAAAGGAGAGACAGGGGAACGGGGGCCCAAGGGAACACAAGGCGAAAAGGGCUUAAAGGGGCAGGAAGGGUCACCAGGGGAGCAGGGCCUGAGAGGCGAGCCGGGAGAGAGGGGCUCCCCGGGCUUCCCGGGGGCACGUGGCCCUGGGGGGCAGAAGGGAGAAGCUGGGCAGCCUGGACUUCCUGGAGAGUCUGGUUUACCGGGCAAAGACGGACUGCUAGGGCUGCGAGGGGAGAAGGGGGACGUUGGCCUCUCCGGCCUACGAGGGCUAAAGGGAGACAGGGGGCCGAAGGGAGCCUGCGGAGCCGACGGACCCAAAGGCGAGAAGGGGGACCCCGGUAUCCAUGGGCGACCUGGCCUUUCGGGACGGAAAGGGGAGCAGGGAGAGGUGGGGUCCGCUGGGCCCCCAGGCACACCUGGAAAGGAAGGGCUGAUUGGCCCCAAGGGAGACAGAGGCUUUGAUGGACUGCAGGGACCCAAAGGAAUGCAGGGUGAGAAGGGAGAGCGGGGCCCCCCAGGGAUACCUGGGCCCCCUGGCCCUGUGGGUGCAGAUGGAGCCUCAGGCUUAACAGGACCCCAGGGCCCAGCUGGUGCCAAAGGCCCGGAAGGACUGCAGGGUCAAAAGGGUGAACGUGGGCCAAUUGGCCCGGCCAUGUUGGGACCCCGAGGCAUCCCAGGAAUCCCCGGAGAAAGGGGCGAACCGGGGGAUAUCGGUCUGGAUGGCGCCAAGGGAGACCCAGGCAAGCCAGGCAUGACGGAAGAUGAGAUCCGUGCAUAUGUCCGCUCAGAGAUGGCCCGGCAUUGCGCCUGCGGAGGUAAGUAUUGCUCCCUGGGGGGCGUGAGAGGUGGGUGGGGGGACCUUAAUUGUAGGCCUGGCAGUGUGGAACAGUAAAUCUGUGUCAAUACCCUGAGUAUGAGUUCAGACUUACCCACUAAAAUGCUUAUU